CGGUUUCCGGUUUGGGAGUGAGUAGCUGGCCGGAGUUGGUGAGUGUUGAGGGGGACAGCAGCGUUGGGAUCAGGUCGGGGUCUCCGCGGCGGUGUUGGUAUCGGUAGAGUCGCGGGACGGGGCUGUGUGUGUGAGAGAGCUCGGAGCUCGGUGUGUGGGCUGUGGAGGAGCUGUGUGUGUGUGUGAGAGAGAGACUCGCGGACUGUGAAAUGUGUUGAGGCAGCAGCAGCUCCAGCAGCAGCAGCGGCUCCUCAGGACGGACUGUUUCCACCCAAGUUCACAGAGAGAGAGAGAGAAAUGAGCGCGUGAAGAGCGGAGAUCUGCCCCUCAGAGAGACACCACUCCUCUAAUGACUGAUUAAUGAGGUCGGAAUGGCAUCACAGGCGCAGGUUUUAUAUGACUUCUCUGCUGAGCCGGGGAAUAACGAGCUUUCAGUGAGAGAGGGAGAGACAAUCACAAUCACUAACCAGAACAUUGGAGGCGGCUGGAUCGAGGCAAGGAACUCCAGAGGAGAAGUUGGCCUGGUGCCAGAGGACUAUGUUGAGCUCGGUAAGACUCCUGCAGCAGGAGGAAGCACAGCCCCCCUUGACCUGACCUUCUUUGACAGUCAGGCCCCAGCCCCAGCCAGUACCACACAAAGUCAGGUGGAUGUAGUUCAGGUGGAAAGCCCAGACACUCCCCUCACCCCUGUCUCCCCGACUUCCCCUGAUGAGACGAGUAACGGUAAUGACCCAUGGGCAGUGUUUGACACUAACGCCUCCGGAGGCUUCUCCAACAACUGGGCGGCACAGCCAGAGGGCACAGAGACGGGCAAGAACAGCAACAAUGCUUGGGGCUCCACAUCAUAUGGUCACCCACAAGCCUAUCAGGGCCCAGACAUUUAUCCAUAUCCAUACUUAAUUGAUUACACAGGCGUUGAGGAUGAUGAGUGGGAUGAUGAGUGGGAUGAGAGGAAGUCGUCAGGGGGCUAUGCUGAAGGAGACAUGGGAGAGGGCGGGGCAAUGAACAGAGGAGGAGUGCAUGGGUCCUCAAUGAAAAUCGCCCUCAACAAAUUCCCUGGCUUCUCCAAAUCAGGUCCGGAGCUGUACCUCCUAUCCAAACAGACUGCCAAAGGAAACAAAUUAUCUAUAUAUAGAGGGGAGGUUGGGCCAGUGUGGGAAUAUCCAGAGAUCCAGCUGGACUGCGUUGUAGCAGACCCAAAAAAGGGCUCCAAAAUGUAUGGCCUCAAGAGCUACAUUGAAUAUCAAGUCACACCCAAUACCACCAACAAACCUGUCAAUCAUAGAUACAAGCACUUUGACUGGCUAUAUGAGAGACUUUUGGAAAAAUUUGGUUCUGCCAUACCAAUCCCAUGCUUACCUGACAAGCAAGUGACCGGCCGCUUUGAAGAGGAGUUCAUUAAGAUGCGGAUGGAGAGACUUCAGGGCUGGAUGACGAGAAUGUGUCGGCACCCGGUCGUCUCCAGCAGUGAGGUCUUUCAGCUCUUCCUCACCUACAAGGAUGAGAAGGAUUGGAAAACGGGGAAGAGAAAAGCAGAGAAGGAUGAAACGGUGGGGGUAAUGAUCUUCUCCACAAUAGAACCAGAAGGAGUGCCUGACUUGGAAAUUCAUGAAGUAGAACAGAAGUGUGAGCAGUUCAGUCGCUUCACCAAAGCGAUGGAUGAUGGAGUAAAGGAUCUGUUGACAGUAGGAAAUGAGCACUGGAAGCGCUGCACAGGACCUCUCCCUAAGGAGUACCAGCGGAUUGGCAAAGCCUUCCAGAACCUCUCGUCCGUAUUUACCAGCAGUGGAUAUGAAGGAGAGGCCACACUAACUGACGCUCUGACAGCAGCAGGAAAGACCUAUGAGGAAAUCGCUCAGAUGGUGGCAGAACAGCCCAGAAAGGAUCUUCAUUUUCUCAUGGAGACCAAUAAUGAGUACAAAGGGCUUCUGGGUUGCUUCCCUGACACCAUUGGGGUUCACAAGGCUGCCAUAGAGAAAGUAAAAGAGGCUGACAAACUGGUGGCCGCCAGUAAAAUAACCUCUGCAGAAAAGGUCACCAUGGGCAAGCGAGCCAGCUCUAUGUCAUAUGCAUUACAAGCGGAGAUGAACCACUUCCACAGCAACCGCAUCUAUGACUACAACAGGGUGAUGCAGCAGUACCUGGAGGAGCAAGUGAAGUUCUAUGAGACGAUUGCUGAGAAGCUGAGACACGCUCACAGUCAGUUCACGACCAUGUGAAGGAGAGGACUGCACUGAGCCAGGCACUGCUGCACUGACAAGGCCCUCUCUUAAAUUUCUCCACUCAGAUUCUCCCUCUCUUUCUCACACACUUGCUAUUGCUUUCUUUUCUGUUCCUCUUUCUUCUUCAGCUCUAUGUAUGUCCAUGACCUCAGAGCCAUAACAAGCUUCUGUUGAUCUCAGGCCAAAGGCAGAAAAAAAUACCACAAAGCCUCUCUCUUUCUUUCAACACAAAACCACCCCAGCCAUUCUCAAAUUAAUUACAAAGACACCAGAGAUUUUUAGCUUGAUCUCACCUCUUAAUCUCAGGUCUCACCUGUAAGUGCAAUUACCACAGACUGUGAUUUUAACACGUUUCCGUGGACAGACUUGAAACGAGUUCCCAAUAAAAAUGAAAAGUGAAAGCUCCUCCCUGAUAUUAUCGGUGUUGAAUAUGACAAUAGAUUUUCUCUUCUUUUUUACAUACAGGGGGAAAAAAAUCAGCAGUUAUGAAGGAGGUUAAAAACACAGCUGUGUCUCUCAAACAAUAAACAGCAGCCACAGCUUGAUUGCUUUAUCCCCAGUGAAAAGGCAGUAAAAGGCUGGAUUGAUCAUAAAGCCCUGCUAAAUCUAUGCAUCCAUCAUUUGUUGUGCAUUUCCUUAAUUCGUUUUAAUUGGUUUCCCAGAGCCACUUUUAGCCAACCUCAUUUGUGUUAUUUGCUGUCGUCACUACGGUUCUCCAGUGGGAUUUGGUGAUGAAAGAAAAGGAUGCACUUGACAGAAAGAGAAAGGGGAAGUGAGUGUCUUACAAUGCUUACUACUGUACCAUUUGUUUGUGUGCACACUCAUUUGCAAUAGCAGAGGCAUGGCCUCCCCCACUGUGCCUUUAUAUGUGUGUGCUGAAGAAGUUCAGCACACUCUCUACGCCGUGCACUUUACAUGCAGAACCCUUUUCGUUAGUGUCAUAACAAAAAAAACUAUAUGCAUAUCACUUAACAAAGCCGUCUGUCAUCUCUGGAGUACAUAAAGGAGGGCUGGUCCUUUUUUUCGCACCACAGAUCACAUCCAAAUAUAAUUUUUAAUAUAUAUAUAUUUUUUGUUUUUUCUUUCAAAGCCGAACACAUUUUUGCUUCUUUCGCCUGCCGCUAAGCAAUGUUUUCUGCUACAUUUUCACUUCAGUGCAAUCUUCCUUUCUCACGCACUUCUCUCUUUCUUCUCACAUUUAGCAUAUAUAUUCUUUAUCCGAUGCAUGUGCUUUAUUUCUUGAUGUAUCGUUUUAUGUAUAGCAAUGUUUGCAAGUCAUUUGCACCAAGAAUGAUAAACACAAAAAGUAAUUCAGAUAUGAUUUAAUAAACUCUGAUUUGUACUCUA